GUCCGUGUUGACGCUGCUGCAUGCGGAGCUGAGCGCAUCGCAUUCCGAUGUGAGCGAGAUGUGACCGCUGCGUGCGGACAGUUCCGUCUCCUCCUCCUCCGACCUGAUAAAGGGAAUAAAACCCCCCCAAAAAAUAAAAUGUCCAACUUGAGGGAAUCGAACACGUGUCCUGACGGCUACAGGGCUCUGAACACGAGCGAGCUGCGAGAGCUUCUGCAGAACGACGACAAAAUGGACCAAAUCCUGCGACUCAAUGAAAAGUUUCAGGAGCUCCAGGUGGACAGGGAGACGCUGCAGGCGACCAAUCGGAGCCUGGCCGAGGACAGCCUCGCCCGGCAACCCCGCCUCUGCAACGGCAGACUCCAACUGGCGGAGAAAUACCGGGAACUGUCCAACCUGGCAACCACAUGCUGGGAAAAACAGAGUCGGCUCGAGGCUCGCGGCGGGAAGCAGAGCCUGCAGACGGCGCAGAACCUCCUGCAGGAAGAGGUGGCUCGUGCCGAGGAGCAUUCAGAGGAGCUGCUGGAGAAGUUCAUGGAGGGGAACGUGAGCCUGGACGAGUUCCUGGACUCCUUCCAGAGCUCCAGGAAAACGUACCACGUCCGCCGGGCUCAGGCGGAGAAGAUGCAGGAUGCGGCGAGGGCGAAGAGGCAGCCGAGCAAAGCCAAGACGACGGCGGAGGAGAGCAGGGAGGUGAGGAAGGACUCGGAGAAGACUCAGGAGCCUCAGAGGCCCAACGGCUUCGUGGCACAGGGACCCCUCAGAGUGUUCCAGGUCCGCUACGGCCUCACGCCCGCCAUCCUCCUCCCACAUUACCCCGUCUCCCCCGCCUCAGCUCCGAGCCAUCAAAGCAGCACCCCGCCGCCCGAGCCCCAUCUGGGUCAGACCCACAUCCUGAGCCCCAGCAACCCGCUGCCGGGACACGGGCAGCCGGUCGGCCUCAGGGUCAUCGGACAGCUACCGGGCGGCUGGCCGGCUCACGGGCGGCCGCUGAGAGUGCAGCAGCUUUACAGGCCGAACCCUCAACAGCCAGAACCGCCGUACCGAUAAUCUCCACUAGGAGGGAGGAAGGAGGGAGGAAGGAAGGAAGGGCCUGGUUUGAGAGGUCUUCCGAGACAUGGAACCAAACAGUGGCUGUC